GACUUAAAUGAUAAUUCCGGUAAUUCCUGAAAUUUAAAAUGUGUAAUUUUUCAAACCUUAGAAGUUUGUUGUUUUAAGUUAAGUAAAAAAAAAAUUUAACGUGUAUUAAAAAUCGUUUUACUAUGAAUUGACUCAAUAAAUCUCUUUAAACCUUUUUUGGUCGUUGAUAGAUUUUAUUACAUGCUUUAAAUCUGGAUGAACAUACUGCAAUGUUAGCCGCCACAAACCCACAAGUUUUUAUACCUUUUGGGCGGCAACAUGUCAAAAAUAGAUAUAUAGGUGAAGUAACUACACCAUCAGUUGGUUACUAUGACCGACCAGAGCUUCAUUCUGAUGAGUUUUUGCUAAAAAACACUAAGCUAUUAGAGAUAAAUGAAUCUCAUAAAAAAAAUAAAGAAAGUUUUGUAUUAAGAGAAAAAGAUGGAGCUGAAGAAGAAUUGUAUGUUAAUGGAAAAAUAGUUGUGCACAGUAGAGGUAAUACAUUGAAAUCAAUUGCAGAUAAAGAUGAUUAUUCUCCAAGUAGUCGAACACUUAUUUGUACCUAUACUAUGGAAACUAAUGUUAGUCAUGCACUAUGGACCAUAUUUAAUAUAUCACCUGAAGAUAAAUGCAAUGAAAAAAAUUCUAAAGGCAAAUUGGUUCCAUGUAUUUGUAUUGUUGAUGCAAAAAAAAUUAGCUUAUUUGCUGAGGGAGGAGAUGUGUGGCAUACACCACUUUAUUUUAAAGUCAUAUCUGUUUGGAAUACUAAUUUUGGUUUAAUAAUAGAAAGAGAUUUAGGAAAUAUAUCUAUUGAUAUGACUGGAAAAUCAUUACCAUUGCCUACAAUUUAUUCAUUGAGUCAACCUUUAAAGGAAAUAUUACCAUUAUUUUUACUUAAACAAGGAAGUGUUUUACAGUAUGCAAGGGAUUGCUUAACCACAAUAGUUUUUACAAGUACUGAUUUAAAUAUUUGUCUAAUGUAUGAUGUGUUAAGUGGAUUGCACAGCGUAUGGAAAAUUAGAAAACCUACUAAUGAAGAAUUUAAUAUAAUGUGUGGACAGGAUUCUAUGUGUUCUACUACAACAAAUCCAUCUUAUAUACCAACUAAUAGUAAUCAUGUUCACGCUUUGUCUAAUUCUUUAGUGGCUGGUUCAGGGUUUUUAACUGAAAGGGUAACCCAUAAUCAUCCAGUAAAUUCUAGCCCUUUCACAUUUAACAGUAGACGCAGCACACCAAAUAUUAUGUCACCUUUUAAUACAAUGAGUCCUAUGACUGGAGUAAGCCAUUACAAUUCACUUGUAUGGAAUAGCCCUUCAAAUACAUCAAAACGCAGUUGGCGACCUAAUACAACAAUCACAGCUAAUAGUCAAAUAUAUAAUACUCCUUCAUCAAUGUCUCGCAUUGCAAAUGCUAGACUUGGUCAUGGCAGUAUGUAUGUUGGAGAUAAUAAUUCAAAACCCGUUAGUCCAGAUAUUUGUCUUGAAUAUUUAUGGACUGAAAAUGAUGGAAAUAAAGGACAUCAAGAAAUGAGUGCUGCUACCAAAGUAUUUGUUGCUGCCAAUUUUGUGAAACAACAUUUUUUAUGUUAUCUUAUUCCUUCUAAGAGCCAAUUAAUAUUUGUUGAGAUGGAUGGACUUGAAAAUAAUGAUAUUUCAUUAAGAAAUUUAUCAUUUGUAUCUGCCAAAGAUGCUGCUUAUUUAUCUUCAUUAAAAUUAAUUGUUCUUAUGGAUUGUCAAAACAGUAUAACAUUGUACUCUGGAGUUUUAAAAAUUGGAUCUGUUCAGUUGGGUAGUAUGUAUUCAGUAUUUGAUGAGAAUACUUCUUACUUUACUGCCACAAAUAAAUCAACCACUGGUACUCCUUUAAUGAGCCGUAAAAGCUUGUUGAGCUCCACUAGAAAUGAAGACUUGCAACAUAAUAUCAACAUUAAUAACUUUAUGCCCUACUGUGAAAAUGAAACUCAAUUAAUGAUACCCAGUGAAACCAAUUGUUCAGAAUCUGUAAUUAAUUGUUUUAAAUCAAAGACAGACAUAAAAUACUUAAGAGAUCCAAUAGAGUCACGUGUGACAUUAGUUCAUCUUGAUGGAAGUAUGAUCCGAGUUGAAUUUCCAGUUAUAAGUUCAUCACCAUUAGUUUCUAAAUGCUUGAAAACAUUACAAAAUAUACUUGAAAAAUCUGUUGUUAUGGAACUAAUGGCCAAAUGGUACACUAUAAGAAAUGCCCCUGGGUCUCAAAAUAUAAGUGGUCAUGAAGAAUGGAUCUUAUUUUUAAGGAUGAUUCUUAAACUUCUAGGAUAUAAUAUAGAAGCACUACCUUUAACUUGUGAUUCAUUAAACGCUAAUAAUGAUACUCCAGCUAAAUCAAAAAAACAAAGAAUUUUAGAUAUUGGUAGUGAUGAAGAUUGGACUUACAUGUUAAAAUCUUCAUUUAGUCGUUCUCGAGGAAAUAAUAUUGCACUUUCCUUGGGUCUCAAAAAUAAAAUUGAAAAAUAUACCAAUCAUGAACUUAGUGAUGAUUCUACUUCAAAGUAUAGCAUUGAUAUCAAUGCUUUACUGUUUCCACAUAUUUAUAACAUUAUAUUCGCACUUCAUUUAGUGUAUGAAGACCUUAAACUAAAUACUUUGAAGUCUGAUUUGUUACCAUUAAUCGUAGAACUGUUGCACCAAUUAGCUUCAGAUUUAAAACUAGAAGAAUAUGUUUAUUAUUAUUGGAAAGAUUUUCCACUACUCUGUAAUAGAGAAAAAAUAAUUCAAUCAAGACAAAUAAGGGAUGUCGAUGUUAGAAUGCUUAGUGUUCCAUCAUACUUUAAAGAAAGUCCACCUAAUAUAUUCAAAACUUGUUACUUACUAAUAAAAUACUAUACAGCUGAUCCAUAUCCUUGUUUACAAAAUGUUAAUAGAAGAUCCAAAAAUAUAAUUCAGAUUUAUGGAUUGCUUUGUUUGAAAAAUAAAUCUAAAUUAGAAGCUAUUACUGAAUUUUUAAAUCCUUUAAAAAUAAACUUAAAUAAUCAAGAUUCUGUUAUAUAUGAAAAAUUAGACAUGAAAUCACGUGUGUCUAAAUAUUAUCAAGCUACACUUUUUAUGUCUAAAAUUGGUGUCACACAACAAACAUUGCUAACAUAUCCUCCUGGUAUAGCAAUGCUAUUAUGUGAUGUUAUUAAUAAAUGUAGAGAAAAUCCACCAAGUAACUGGCCAAAAUCUGCUUAUGACCUAAUUAUGCGCGAAGAUUUAGCCUCUCAAAACUUAACAAAUUUCCAUACAAUCAAUGAAAAAAAAAAAACUAUUAAUGUGGAAAAAUUAAUUAAUUGGGGUGAAACUAGUGAAGUUGAAAGUGGUGUUAUUAAAGAUGGAAUGGAAAAUCUUGAUACAGAUGUAAUGAAACUUUUAUGGAAUAAAGAUCACCGUAUUACUGAUGUACGGAACUUUCUUCAAUCUUGUCAUCCGGUAACUAUUGGUAUUAAACAACCUCCAGAAGCAAGUGAUCAUGAUUUUAUCGAGGAGCAAGAAAAAUAUUUGUACUCAAUAUGUUCAAGAACUAUGGCUUUACCUAUUGGAAGAGGUAUGUUUACUAUGAGAUCUAUUCAGCCUGUAGUUACUGAGCCACUUCCUUUGCCAAAAUUAUGUUUGUCCGGAAAAACUCCUCGUGGUGCUGCAGUUGAGCUUAGUCAUAUAGAUGUUGUUCCAAAUAUGAAUCUUUGGCCUUUGUUUCACAAUGGAGUAGCUGCAGGCUUACGUAUUAUGCCAUCAGCUGAUAAUAUUGAUUCAACAUGGAUUUUAUAUAACAAACCUAGAAAUGGAGCUGAUGCAUUACCAGAACACGCAGGUUUUCUUAUGGCAUUAGGUUUGAAUGGUCAUAUUACUAAUUUAGCUACUAUGAAUACAUAUGAUUACUUGAGUAGACCUCAUGAAAUGAUAAGUGUAGCUCUGCUUAUUGGUUUAGCAGCAGCUAAAAGAGGUACAAUGGAUACAGAAAUAACACGUAUGCUAUGCAUAUUCAUUGAAUCAUUACUGCCUCCUACAACAAUUGAGCUAGAUAUGAGUCAAAAUCUUCAAAUAGCAGCAUUAUUAAGUAUUGGUUUAUUAUACCAGAAAACAGCCCAUAGGCACAUUGCUGAAGCACUUUUGUCUGAAAUUGGCCGUCCACCCGGUCCAGAAAUGGAUAACAGUAUAGAUAGAGAAUCAUAUUCCUUAGCUGCUUCACUUGGUCUUGGUUUAGUUGUUUUAGGAAAAGGUUCUGAUGUAGUUGGUCUUAGUGAUUUAUCUAUUGCUGACAUGUUACAUUACUAUAUGGUUGGUGGACAUAAAAAACCGUUAACUGGUGCACAAAAAGAUAAGUAUAUUAAUCCAAGCUACCAAAUAAGAGAAGGUGAAAUGGUCAAUAUUGAUGUAACUUCAAGAGGUGCCACAUUGGCAUUAGGAAUGAUGUAUUUUAAAACUGGUAAUUUAGCUGUAGCCAAUUGGAUGAGCAUUCCUGACUCUCCUUACUUGUUAGACUUCAUUAAUCCUGAAUUUAUAUUACUCAAAAUGUUAGCUAGAGGAUUAAUUAUGUGGGAUUAUAUAGUACCUACAAAAGAAUGGAUUGAAAGCUUUGUACCUCAAUCAAUUCAGCAAUAUUGUUUAGUAAAGCCAAAACCAGGAAUGGCAAAUCCUGAUCUUGAAACUAUUAAUCAAACAUACUGUAACAUAAUAGCUGGUUGUAGUAUGGCAAUGGGUUUGCGUUUUGCAGGAACUGCUAAUGAUGAAGCUUUCAAAACUCUUUUAUCAUAUUGUCAAAUGUUUAUAUCAUUGUGCAGUAAGUCAGUCGCUGAACUUUGUGGGAAGUCAACCAUUGAAACUUGCAUCAAUGUUACUCUGCUUUCAUUAGCAAUGGUUAUGGCUGGAACAGGGGAUUUGGAAGUAUUACGAAUAUGUAGAUUCUUAAGAUCAAGAGUUAGCUCCUCGCCUCUUAGUGUUAUUACUUACGGCUCACAUUUAGCCACUCAUAUGGCAUUGGGACUAUUGUUUUUAGGUGGUGGAAAAUACAGUCUUUCUACUACACCUGAAGCAGUUGCUGCAUUAAUUAUUGCAUUUUAUCCACAAUUUCCAACUCAUAGUAAUGAUAAUAGGUACCACUUACAAGCUUUUCGACAUCUUUACAUUUUAGCUACUGAGCCUAGGUUAAUAAUACCUAGAGAUAUUGAUUCUGGAGAUUUAUGCUAUGUUCACUUAAAAGUGGUUUUUUUGGAUACUGAAUAUUAUAAAAACCAAUUUUAUACUAUAAAAGCUCCAUGUUUAUUACCAGAAUUGUGUUUGCUUAAAGAAGUAUGUGUUGAAGAUGAAAGAUAUUGGUCAGUAGUAUUUGAACGUGAACGAAAUUGGGAAACUCUUAGAACCAUGCUAAAUAAUGUGAAAACUUUAAAAGUAAAACAUAAAGCUGGACAUUUAUCUUAUACAGAAGACCCAAAUGGUUACAAAUCAUUAAUGGCCCAAACUCAUUCAUCCAACGAUUUUACAUCAUGGUCUAUUUCUCCUGAAACUAUAUAUGGAUUUUCAUCUGAUCCAAAAAUUGUUCAAAUGGUGCGAUAUUUUUUAAAUUUGUCUAAUGAUACACUUAACAACAUGCCAAAAAAAUCAGUAAUAAGACAAUAUGCGCAGAUAUUAUUCAAUUCUGUUGUUCAUGAUAAAGUAUUCAUACUGCCCCUCUGGAUGACAAUAAUGAAAAUUUUAAAUAAUUUUCCUCAACCACCAAGUAGUUAUUUUUGUUGGCAAAUAAAACUAUUUGUAGAAUCUGCCUACACUAAAGCAUGUCGUGAACCACAUUCUAAUAGUAGACCAAAAUUAAUUUCACCUCUGGUCGCCAUGUCAAUAGAAAAUAUGUGUGAAACUAUUAUUUCAGAUUGGGAAUCAGAUGAUGGAGUUACAGUUAAAAAAUGUUGGGACACAACUUUAAAUGAUGUUUCAAAUAUCAAAUUGAUUAAAAGUGCCUACUGUUCGUUAUUAGAUAUCCCUUUCAAAUCAAAAAUACCAAAUUCAGCUUUCAUGUCGCCAUUGGCAAUGUAUGCAAGUACCAGAAAUAUGUACUUAUCAACAGAAUCAAUUAAUAAGUUAUGUUCACAAUAAUUUUUAAAAUCAGACGUUUUACAUUUUUUAAGUUUAAAUAAAACAAUAUUUAUACAUUA